ACGUUGACAGAGAAUUGAAGCCAUCGCAGGACAACAACUGGCCAUCACGUGCACCCAGAAUAGUCCGAAGAUCGUCAUCAUGAGGAUCAAAAUGCCAGCAGUUCGCAUCGCGCAAGCGGAAACGUCACAAGGAACUGCCUCCCCCGAUACCGUCCAGUGUGGUGGCUGUCGUGCCUCCUACCCCCUCGGCGAAAUAGUCCGUUUCAUCGAGCACAAGGUCAACCACUGUCGAAACAGUCUCCAGGGCUGUCACAGUCCGCCCCCAGCGGCGGCGCACGAGGACUCCGACCCGGAGGACGCACUGGCCCUGAAAACAGUGGACCCCGAGAAAUUGAAUUCAGUGCCGAGCAUAUCGGCGCCGAUCAACAAGCGAGCGGGUAGGGUUGAGAGCCCACCAACGCCUCAGGGCAAUCCCGCCGACACUGGUAGUCCGAUUGAACUCAGGGCUAGUGCCAGCUCAACGCCAAAGAGACGGACUGAGGGGAGCGAUGACGACAAGGAGGAGGUCAGCAAGAAACCUAAGACAGAGUCGGUUGAUGCUGAUACCAACACCAUCAAUUCCGAGCCAAGAUGUCUGCCAUGUUCGCAGUGCUCUCGCCGAUUGAACUCCGCCUGGGAGUUGAUACAGCACGCGCAGAGUGCGCACGGUGCGAGGUUGUACGGUUCGUCAAGUUCGACGGCGAAUUCAUCAUCGAAUACCCCAGCACCUAGUCCACCAACGCCCACACCAAGUCACUCGCACCACCUGAGCCCCCCGAAUCACCUGAACCUCAGUGGAAAGUCAACGGGCAGUUCUUCCGCGGCGAAUUCGUCCGGGGGUACAAACUCCAGCGGCAGCAGCGGACGACAACAGCUGCAAUCGUCAGCAUCAUUGGUUGGCGAUCCCUUGCACAGUUUUCUGAGAUUACCCCAGCACCUGGAGAGGAGUUUCCCGCCAAUGUUCAGGCCAGACUUCCUGGCGCUGAAUCCCUUGGCGGGAUACAGAGGGCUUCAGGACCUCCAAACGGCCACCAGAAACCUCCAGAACCUCGGGGAUCCUCUCCGCGGCAUGGACGGACUCAACCUGGGGGAUCCUCUCGUCAGAAGUUCCCUCGAUUCCCUGAACAACGCCCGGAACCUAGCAAAUCUAACGGAAUUGUCACAUGGUAGGUUAUCCAGUCAAGGACAUCCACCACAACUCGAAGCGAACCUGGAUUUUUAUUCGGCGCGCCUAAGGAGCCUCGCUAACCCAACCUUAGGCGCGACGCCUAAGGACGGGUUCCCACCACCCAAUACAUCGUCAGUAUUACCACUUCAACAGUCCCAACAACAGCAUCCAUCAGAUUCAUCUAGUCCUGCUUUAACGAAUCCCACAAAUCUCGUGGCACACGCUCACUCCCAGAAGGAAAACUCACCACCUUGUUAUACUCAAAGUCCACUUGGCCAUCACAACAACAACAACUCGACGGACAGUGAAAAGGCGAGUCCGCCAGCGAUAUCCACGCCGAUAAUGACCGAUUCGGCGGAGACGGUGUACACGUGUGAAGUGUGCGAUAAGAAGUUUCGGUUCCAGUCGAAUCUCAUUGUUCAUCGUAGAAGUCAUCAGGAGAAGGAGAGACAAUUCCAAGACAACCGGGACGGCUUGAGCGUGGCAAGAUGCGAGGUCUGUGAACUUGAGCUGUCGAAUUCCAAUGAAUUGAGGAGACACAUGAAGAAAGAGCAUCAGGAGUCGUUGAAUGCUGCUAGUCCCCAAGGAAGUGUCGAGACAGUUCUCGAUGAUGGCUCCAGUUGCGAUGAUAACAUGGAUCUCGACGAGGCCGACGAGAACGACCAGAAACUGCGCGACGAUGCUGAGGAGAAUACACCCGAAGACUUGAGCACAACUCAGGGUCAGAGUAGUGAAGAGUGCAGUGGAAGGGCUGAACCUAAACCCAGCUUAGUCGGUGACCUCAUGGAGAAGUUUGGACUGAACAACAUAGCUCAGUACUCGGAAGCUUAUCGGCAAGCACUCCAAGAGAAUCACCGUGGUGGUUUGAUUAAAACAGAAUCCCCCUCCAGCCUUACCAACUCCCUAAACAACAACAAGGAGAAGGACAGUGCAUUAUCGCCAACAAACUUCAACUCCUCGGCAACAGCCAAUAUAUUUUCUGGUCAGGGAUUUCCCAGAACAGGACCGGACUUUGGCGGUCUGUGGUUACCAAGUCCCCAUUAUCUCGAGACUAAUGAAUUUCGGAAAGUAUCGAAAGCAACGACAUCGAGUCUCACACUCCAAGGGCUACCGAGUCCUCUCAUGAAGAAGGAGCGAAGUGGUAGAAAUGAUACGUGUGAAUUCUGCGGCAAAGUAUUCAAAAACUGUUCGAACCUGACGGUUCAUCGGCGAUCGCAUACGGGUGAGAAACCCUACAAGUGUGAAUUGUGUUCCUACGCUUGUGCUCAAAGUUCAAAGCUCACGAGACACAUGAAGACGCACGGCAGACACGGCAAGGACACGUACAAGUGUCGUUUCUGCGAGAUGCCAUUCUCAGUGCCGAGUACCUUAGAAAAACACAUGAGAAAGUGCGUUGUCGUUGUGCAACAGGGGCCGAAAAUGGGUCUUCCUUAUCCUGGCAGUCAGGACGAAGACUCCUCGCUCAGUACCAAGGACACUUGAUCCUGGAAUGGCAGCCUACAGCAACCUAUGCCACUCAUACCGCCCAUACCAUCACUGUGGCCGCACAGGCCGCCAUAUCCAGUCUAUUGAGACAUCGGACCAACCGAUCCAACCUGGUACUGAAUUUAAAAGCAGGAUGACACCUGACGAUAUCUUCCACGAUUGACACUGACCAGAGGGCGUAUUCUCGAGUUGUGCGAAGAUACUUUCACAUGCGAAAGCUGAGGUUCCACAGAUAGAGACCUCUACUUCACAUGUGAAUAUUUUUCGUCGACGAAUGUCAAUAUUCACUCACCAUUUCCGUAGCGAAGCGGUAAAACGGUUUAAGUCGAUUUUGACUAUCGUCCAGUUUUCAAGGAAUAUCUCGA